AGAGCGAAGAGGUUUACCAGCGACAGGUGCUGUCUAUUUCCUGCAUCGUCUUUGGAAUAGUCAUUGUGGGCACAAUCUCUGCAGCGUUCUACUUCAGAACAAAAAAGCAAACGAAGUACAUCCAGGAACAGUUGAAAGAGAUACAGAAUGGGAAAACCUACAGCCUUAAUGCUUCCAGCAUAAUGGCAAAAACAGAGACCAGGGCCCAAGGCCAAGUCCAGCUGCAAAAUUAUUCAACAACAAGAAGACAUCCAGAGCCAGUGAUGGGAAAAAUGAUGGAAUCUAGUUUUUCAGGAACUCAGUCCUUCCCUGAAGCUUUGUCUGCAGACAGAGGAGGACAGGCUGUAAAGCCGCAUAGGAGUUUCUCUUCAUGCUGCAAUGCAGGUCAGCAGCCUGGGAUACUGCACAGAAAUGCCUUUCGAAGGACUCCUCCUUUGCCACGGGGUAGAUUCAAUGGAAUUACAGGACCAGCAUACCAACAACUAGAAGAGUCCAAGAUCUCAGAUCAGGACAAUGUACCUUGUCAAGGGUUAUCUCCUGGUUUAAAAAGAUCACAGAACACUUCAAUAAAUAUGCAACUGCCUUCAAGAGAACCAAGCUCUUAUUUCAAUAGUGCAGCUCAAAAAAACAUGGUGGGCUACCCAUCGCCAAGAGCCAAUUCUGUUCCCAUCAUCCCUUCGGUGGGCUUAGAUGAAGCCUGCAUGCAGACUCAAAACAUUUCAGAUAUAACAGGCAUCAAAUGGUGCAAAAACUCCUAUUCCACUGAAAUCGUCAACGUGAGUGCCCCAGCCAGCAGCUGUCUUAUUGCAGAACAACAAGAAGUCAAAAUAUUGUUAGAAACUGUCCAGGAACAGAUCCAAAUUCUGACCGAUGCAAGGAGGUCAGAUGACUUUGACCUGUCAAAGGCCAACGCAGAGAACAGUAGAAGUGAAAACACAGCUUUUCUGCCUAUGAGCCCUGUGGCAAAAUCAGAGCGAGAGGCACAGUUUGUCUUAAAAAGUGAAUCGAAAAGAGACUCAGCGUUGAUCAAGUGA